GCCUUUUCUUCUUUUGAUCGAUAUUGCUUUCUGAUUUAUCUUUUUCAAGACAACUUCUCCUAACAUAUUAUUAGUCCAUAUAGAGCUAAGCUACUCGAUCAUGCACUCAGCAAACCCGAAUGCUUAUGUUUACUCUGAGAAGACCACAUCAGGGCAGCCUCAUGAUGAAGUUCCAUGGUCCGUUGGAUUCUGUGAUUGCUUGUCCGACAUGAAAACCUGUUGCAUUGCCUGUUGGUGCCCUUGCAUCACGUUUGGCCAGAUAGCUGAGAUUGUUGACAAAGGAUCAACCUCUUGUGGUGCAAGUGGGGCACUAUACACAUUAAUACUGUUAAUCAUCGGUUGUCCAUGCUUCUAUUCUUGCUUUUACCGCACCAAAAUGAGAAAGCAGUAUAUGUUGAAGGGAGGCGGCUGUGGGGAUUGCAUGCUUCAUUUUUUCUGCGAGACUUGUGCCUUGACUCAAGAAUAUCGUGAGCUCAAGAACCGUGGAUUCGACAUGUCCAUCGGUUGGGAUGCAAAUGUGGAGAAGAAUCAAGGACUGGCGAUGGCUCCAGUGGUGGAAAAAGGGAUGAGCAGAUAGAUAACGGAUUGCUCUCUUAAUAUAUAUCAAUGUGUUUACUACCUUGUUCUUUACUUUUUUUUUUCUCUUUCUAUCUUCUUUUUUUUUUUUUAAUUUUCCUUCCAUUUGGAUGAUUGUAUUAUCUGUAUAUCGAAGAUGUCUGAUGAAGAUUGUGAAAAGGGGAAAGCCAUAAGUUCACAAGAUGAUGUUUUUUUUUUUUAAUUUCAAAUGUACUUUAAAAUUGUUAAUGUUGCAAAUAAAAGUGAAAUUGCAGUAUCUUUAUUUCA